CCUGAUUUAGCAUACUUCCGUCGUCCAACUUCUGCGUCGGAAGCACUUUGGGUAUCGCCUCCACGGACGUCAUGAGUAUAUCCGUGGCUGCCAUGAAGGUAUUACUUGCUGUUUUAAAAGUGCACAUUCGUUGUUCUACUAGCCAAUUGAUUGGGAAGUACUACUCUCAGCCUGAUGAGACACAUCUACGCUUCAUGACAUCAGCUCAAAUGAAACAAGCCAAGGUUUCGGACAAGCCAAUCCGAUCUUCCCCUUAUUCCAUAACCAUCGCUAUCAUGACAUCUUCGCCGAACCGGACAUUCUUAAUUAGCCCAUAUACAGUGCCAUUCUGGCGGUAGCUUCAGGUCUCUGGAGAACUCACUCUGGAAACAUGAAAGCUAUAAAUCGUUCCUUCUACCACACAAUCGACGCUAAGUCCUAUCAUGACAGGCCCAGCUGUCUCGUCUGCGGCUUUGUCUUUGCGAACGGGACCAGCGAGGACGAUCAUUACAGUUACGUGGAUACGAGAUACUAUGUAGGAAGUAACCUCUGUCGCGCUCAGCUUCUAGAGGAUUGGAGACCUUCUGAGAAGAAAAGAUGGUGCAAGAAAACAUGGUGGAACACUUCCCGCGCAGUUCUAUACCGCCCUGCAACAGGCACCUGUCGACUUUCUGGGGUCAUCAUGCAUCCUCUGACAACCGGAUUGGUUCCAAUGAAUGAGACAGAUGGUUAUAUUUGCGGUAGUUGGGAGGGCUGGUUAUCCCCCAAAGAACGACAAGUUUUCGUACGUCCGGACAUUCUAUGCCCAACCCAGGAGCCGGAGCCCGACGUUGAGUGGGUGGCUUACUUUGUUCACUCUCGCUGCUGGGAGCUACUUACUCACCACGACUUGGGGACGAUUGCGGAGAAGGACCUGGGCAUAGUUCUCGACGCUCUCCGAGACAGACAUAAGACUCUCCGAGGCAGACGUAAGAAAACCGGUCACCAACCUAGAUCCUGGUAUUGGAUGUUGUGUCGGGAAGAUCCUGUUCGUACAAAAUGCGUUACAGGAGCCAUUUGUCUAGCACUAAAAUACGAAAAGCGAAGGAAAUUGAUGAUGAAACGAAAGGGCCAUUUGGUCACCCGAAAGGCACCACGUCCCAGACCCUGCGUUCUUCCGAUGGAAAUACUUUAUAUGAUUCUUAGAUAUCUUCCAUAUCAGACGAUUGCGAACGUGGAAAAAGGAUUGCGCCUCAAUCUUGGUAAUAGAUUUUGGCGCACUUGGCUCUCUAGCCGAAUAUUCUACGAAGUGAGUGAUAUUGCCAUCGACGAGGUUAAUUGGAAGCGCCUAUCCAUGUUGCUGGAACGACGACUCAAGAAGUCAAACGCUUUGGCCAUCCGACGGUUUUUAUUAGCCUCUCUGGAUAAUGUUAUGAGGUUUGUUGAAAUGUAACUUGAUGGGAAGGCCAUCUAUUACGAGUUUGAAUAAUGAAUAAUAAUAAAUAAUGCGUCUGAUAAUACUAUUCAAGGAUGGAA